GAAUCGGUGCCCAUUGGCCGCCCCGGCGUUCUCCAACGUUGUAGGGAAACUCUCUGUGGCCUCUGACAGCAGGCUCCGCCUCGGGUCUCUUGAUCCGUGUGUUUGUGGGUCAGUGAAUCCGGGCGAGCAGCUUCGACCUCGCUAUGGCGCCCCUACUGCAGCUUCUGUGGCUGCUGACACUGCUCUCGACUGUGGCCCUGAGCCCCGUCCCCGCCAAGCCCUGGGCAGAUGACGAGCAGGCCUGGAACUUGUCGUCCCAGGAGCUGCUGGCCCCCGCCCGCUUCGCGCUGGACAUGUACAAUUACGGCCGUGCUGCGGGGACAAGGGCCGUGCUAGGAGCGGUGCGCGGACGCGUCCGCCGGGCCGGCCAGGGCUCUCUGUUCUCCCUGGAAGCCACACUAGAGGAGCCACCUUGCAAUGAUCCCCUGGUGUGCCCACUGCCUGAGACGAAGAAAACAGUGCUCUGCAGUUUUGAAGUCCUGGAAGAGCUAAAAGAACACUUGCUGCUGAGGAGGGACUGUAGCCCAGUGAAUGCCAAGGUCACAGAGUUUAGAAAUGCGACUUUCAGCUCAUUCCUUCCAUUGUUGGACAAGGAUCCCCUGCCCCAGGGUAGAGCUCAGUCAGCUCACUGGGGUCUGGCUGGACUUGUAAGUGAACAUCCUUCCGCCUUCCUAGGACUUCUCUGUGAAGAUGGCUCCACUCUUCAAGGACUUCAUGACCACCUAUAACCGGACUUAUGAAUCAAGGGAAGAAGCCCAGUGGCGAUUGACUGUCUUUGCAAGAAAUAUGAUACGAGCACAGAAGAUUCAGGCCCUGGACCGCGGCACAGCUCAGUAUGGGAUCACCAAGUUCAGUGACCUCACAGAGGAGGAAUUCCACACCAUCUACCUGAAUCCCCUCUUACAGAAGGAGUCUGGCAGGAAGAUGAGUCCAGCCAAGUCCAUAAAUGAUCUUGCCCCGCCUGAAUGGGACUGGAGGAAGAAAGGGGCUGUCACUGAAGUGAAGAACCAGGGCAUGUGUGGCUCCUGCUGGGCCUUUUCUGUCACAGGCAACGUGGAGGGCCAGUGGUUCCUGAACCGGGGGACUCUGCUCUCCCUGUCAGAGCAGGAGCUCUUGGAUUGUGACAAGGUGGACAAGGCCUGCUUGGGUGGAUUGCCCUCCAACGCCUAUGCAGCCAUAAAGAAUUUGGGAGGGCUGGAGACAGAGGAUGACUACGGCUACCAGGGCCAUGUUCAGACCUGCAACUUCUCAGCACAGAUGGCAAAAGUCUACAUCAAUGAUUCAGUGGAGCUGAGCCGGAAUGAAAAUAAGAUAGCAGCCUGGCUGGCCCAGAAAGGACCUAUCUCAGUUGCCAUUAACGCCUUCGGCAUGCAGUUCUAUCGCCACGGGAUUGCUCACCCAUUCCGGCCCCUCUGCAGCCCUUGGUUCAUCGACCAUGCUGUGUUGCUGGUGGGCUAUGGCAACCGCUCUAACAUUCCUUACUGGGCCAUCAAGAACAGCUGGGGCAGUGACUGGGGUGAGGAGGGUUACUACUACUUGUACCGUGGAUCUGGAGCCUGUGGUGUGAAUACCAUGGCCAGCUCAGCCGUGGUGAACUGAGAGUUGCUGGCUCAGGACCUAUGUUGUCACAGUGGCCCCUUCCUUAGCCCGACUCAUGCCCAGGCCCUUCCUCACGAGACAGAGCUGGUUGGCUGAGGGCCGGGCACUUUGGACCUCACGGUGAGCCCUGGGCCCUGGGCCCCUUCGUCCCUCUUUCCUCUAGUGCUCAUCUGAAGUUCCCCAGCUGCACCUGUGUCCGAUUGUGGUAGCUAGGAGGAUCCUGAGGUGCAGGAGGCUUUCAUGGAAGCCAGCGCCGGGGCAAGAACCUGGCUACAGUAUGAUGCAGGAUGAAAAUAUGCUCGUCAUAAAACUAGAUCUGUCCUCAGCAGGCUCUGUCUUUUUGCUUUGGUGCUCCUCGGUCUGAUGCUGUCAGUUUUCUGGUCCCUUUCCACAUCCAGGAAAGUUGUGACCGGCCUUCUCUAAGGGCAAUAAAGAGGUAGCCUGCUCUC